AUGACCCCAAUCCACCCACUGAUAUCCAAAAUCUUCCAGACCCAUUCCAUCCCCCUCUCAGAGCUCGAGUCUUCCUCUCGAGGGAUUUACAUCCACAAGCCCAGCGAGAAAAUGUACUUUACCAAAACGCAAUCUGACAUACCCCAAAUGACAGGCGAGAUAGAAGGUUUGAAAGCUAUGGGACGAACUACACCUGGUUUAGGAUUGGUACCAGAGGUGAUCGGAUUCGAAGUUGAUGAGAAGCAAAACCAGUGCGCCAUGGUAACUCAGUAUUUCAAGCUUGGUUCAUCUAGUAGAAACAUGCAAAGAGAAUUAGGAGAGGGUUUGGCUAAGAUGCAUAGUGUCCCCAAAGAUAGGGAGGGGUACGAAGGUAAAUUUGGAUUUGGGGUACCUACUCAUUGUGGAGUGACGGAACAGGAUAAUACCUAUACGGAAAGCUGGGAAGAGUUCUAUCGGGAUAGGAGAUUGGGUGAUUUGGUCAAGAGGAUUGGGGAUAAUACGAUAAGUAAAGAAUGGGAAAGGAUGAAAGAUAGAGUAAUCCCCCUUCUUCUUCAUGAAAUCGAUCCACCUCCCCAACCAGUCAUUCUCCACGGUGAUUUAUGGUCAGGGAAUAAAGGGUACGAUACGAUCACCGGCAAAGCAGUGAUUUACGAUCCAGCAAGCUAUUAUGGUCAUAAUGAAGCGGAUCUAGGUAUAACUCAUAUGUUCGGUGGUUUUUCAAAAGAUUUCUACGAUGCAUAUCAUGCGAUUCAUCCUAAAUCUCAACCACACUACGAUGAGAGACAGAAAUUAUACGAAUUGUAUCACCAUCUCAAUCAUACUCUGAUGUUUGGCGGAUCAUACAAAUCGGGUAGUCUAGCAAUAAUGCGAUCGCUAAAUGAUUGGGCGAAAGACAAAGAGAUGUAG